AUGGGUUGGCAACUCAAGAAGCCCGAUGAUAUCGCGGGCAAGUCAUGGCCUGCUAUUCUUGUUGGCUUGUUCGUCGCCUUCGGUGGUGUGCUCUAUGGAUACGAUACAGGCACGAUCAGUGGCAUUCUUGCCAUGCCGUACUGGGAAGAUCUUUUCUCGACCGGCUACCGAGACUCGUCUGGCCAUCUUAAUGUCGACUCAUCCCAGUCUGCGGCCAUUGUUUCGAUUCUUUCUGCUGGCACCUUCUUCGGCGCCUUGAGCGCUGCCCCCAUCGCCGACUUCAUUGGCCGUCGCUUCGGCCUUAUUGCUUGCUCCUGCGUUUUUAUCUUUGGUGUCAUCUUGCAGACGACAGCGACGGCCAUCCCUCUGUUCCUUGCCGGCCGCUUCUUUGCUGGUCUGGGACUCGGCAUGAUUUCGUCCAUCAUCCCUCUGUACCAAUCCGAGACAUCCCCCAAAUGGAUUCGUGGUCUGAUUGUCGGCACCUACCAGCUGUCCAUCACCAUCGGUCUCCUGCUUGCCUCCAUUGUCAAUAACGCGUCAAAAGAUCGGAACGAUACGGGUUCGUAUCGAGUUCCUAUUGCUGUCCAAUUUGCAUGGGCUCUGAUCCUCAUCUGUGGCAUGUUUGUCCUACCGGAAACUCCGCGUUACCUGAUCAAGAAGGACAACCACGCCGCAGCUGCCAAGUCCCUGGCCCGCCUGCGUCGCCUCCCCGAGGACCACGAGUCUGUCCUCGCAGAACUUGCCGAAAUCCAAGCCAACCACGAAUAUGACCUCUCCCUCGGCAAAUCCUCCUACGCCGACUGCUUCAAGGGCAACUAUCUCAAGCGCCUCAUCACUGGAUGCUGCCUCCAGGGUCUCCAGCAGCUGACGGGCAUAAACUUUAUAUUUUAUUAUGGCACGCAGUUCUUUAAGAAUUCCGGGUUCACAAACUCCUUCACGAUCAGCUUGAUCACAAACUGCGUGAAUACGGCGUCGACGUUUCCGGGCCUCUACGCCAUUGAAAAGUGGGGCCGCCGCCCGGUGCUGUUUUGGGGUGCGGUGGGCAUGUGCACUGCACAGUUUAUUGUGGCGAUCCUCGGCACUACGACAACGACACAGGAUGCCCAGGGAAAUAUCAUCGUGCUGAACGAGAGUGCGCAAAAGGCCGCCAUCGCCUUUAUCUGCAUCUACAUCUUCUGCUUUGCCGCCUCUUGGGGGCCUAUUGCUUGGGUUGUCACUGGUGAGAUCUUCCCCCUUAAGAUCCGCGCCAAGUCUCUGUCCAUGACUACGGCCACCAACUGGCUCUUGAAUUGGGCUAUCGCGUACUCGACUCCGUUCCUUGUCGACUAUGGUCCGGGUAACGCAAACCUCCAGUCGAAAAUAUUCUUCGUCUGGGGUGGGUGCUGCUUCGUCUGCAUUGCGUUUGUUUACUUUUUGAUUUAUGAGACAAAGGGGCUCACUUUGGAGCAAGUUGACGAACUGUAUGAGGAAGUGAGCGUGGCGAAAAAGAGUAUCGGCUGGAAGCCGACGGUGUCCUUCAGGGAAUUGCAGGAGACAAAGGUUGUCCCGCACACGGAACAGGUCGACGAUGCAGCCGCCGGCGCUGCGCAAGGUUAG